AUGGCAUUGUCUUCUGCUACGAAUCCUUUCGAUCGUCAGUCAUUUCAUCCUACUGCGUGCCGAUGUAACGAAGCUGACGCCGCGAGCUCACGUUGUGACGUCCGUGCGUGCCCCGAUCUCGUCUGCCUGACCCCCUACUCUCGCAGAAGCGCUGGUGGCCGUCAACGUGAGUCCGACCUGCUCUGCUGCUGUCCCGCGCUUCCAUGUUUCUUAGCUUAUUCCCACAUCCACUCUCAUUGAACCUUCUCAAAUCUAGGCAAACGUAUUUUGGACCGCUCCACCAGGGUUCAGCAAGCGACAAGUAGUGUUGAUCACCCUGCAAGCCUUGUACGUUCGCAAGGCGGCAACCGCGAGCUCCGCAACAUUGCACCGCUUUGAAGCGCCCAGCGUUACGGGCGGAAAAGACCGAGUCGCGUGCCUUUCGGGCAAAUGUCGGACUGCGCCUGAUUCUUUUUUAAAAACUGAUCCCAAUUGACCCGCUCCGGGUCUUGUCACACCCAACACGCAGGACCAUCCUCGCUGAUGUAUUUUAUCUCGGCCUGUUGCACUAUACCCAACGCUCCUCGGAGGAUGGGAAUGCCGGUCCGGGCAUGUGGUGGGUCGCGCGAUGGGUAAGUCCAACUUGCGGAAACCGACGCGGUCUCCGAAGGGUUUUCGCCGAACGACGUGCCUCACUGCUCGGGAGAACCCGGCGUAAAAUAUCGGAGUGACUACUACAAAAUCGACUGACUGACGUUUUGAUUUGUAUCUCUCUACUCAAUAAACAGGUUAACCGAUCGACGGGACGCAUCAUGGUAGUCAAUCAACGGACGAUGAGCACGGUCCUCUCGGCGCUCGCGCAAGGCGUCUGGAUGGGCCACGUGAUCGACCAUCUCCUGCUCUACACGGGCGGCGACAUUCACACUUUGGACCGUGCCAUCGUGUGGCGUGCCAUCACAAUCGUGUUCAUGCUAGGCUGGUUCUGGGUUCUGACCUGGGGUAACGUCACCAGUUUCGUUCUCGCGACGCAUCGCAAGAUCCCUUCGCGGGUCGUCAACACUUUGGUCCUCGCCGCAGGAUUGGCCCCUUUGAUCGUUGUGAUCGUCUUGUUGGUCUUUAUGAUCGUUCGCGGGAUGCAGUUUCGAGACGUCUACGUUGCGUUUGCGAAAGGCCUGCGAUCCAACGCAGCGGCAUAUCCGAAUGUCACCCUAGCCGCUUACGCAGAAAUUCAACCCCAAGCUGCGGCGCUCGUUAAAGCUGCCAACACCUACUAUCACACCUUUUGCAUGAUGGCGACUAAUGCUGUAGCUUAUACCGCGCUUUCGGCCAUUAUUGUGAGUUUCAAGCUUAUGUCAGUCAAUUGCUUGGAGUCGGGCCAGACUGCUGAAACCACCGUCCUCCGCUGGCACUCUUGCCCCGCUCCUUUAUCAGAAUUUUGGAGGUCUGCUCCUCGCGCGCAAGAUCAAGCACCAAAUCAAGUUUAACGAAAAGCUCAUAACUAGCGGAUCGCGAGCUGUCACACAGCAAGGAACCCUGAUCGUCGCUGGUCAUGGGAAUGUCGGAGAACCUCAGGCCGGGGAUCCAAUCUCGCGGAUGCAAGGUGGGGGGGUAAUGGCGGGAGCGAAUGUUUUGCUUGCCCAACGGCAGGAACAGAGGAUUAUUUUGGGUCUCAAGAGGGCGAGGAGGGAUGUUUUGACGGUCAGUACUGAGGCGUUCUUCAUUUCGAAAUGUGGGUACGUUCACCGUUGGAUUAAUUUUUUAUUUAUUUUAUCCUUGCUGCGUUGCAGAUGUUCGCUUUCGUGCUCUGCUUCUCACUCAUCGUCUCUGGCGCCCUCCUCUUCGUUACCAUCGUAUCGGGAACGAGCGACCCGAUGUCAAUCUCGUGGGCCAAAUCGGAGAUGUUGUUCACGGGACCUGCAUGGGCCAUCAUGGUCGUCAUGUUGGCGGCUCAAUUGGGGUUGAUUUGGAACGCUUUGACGUUUAGGAGGAAGGAGAGGGGUACUGCUCAGAUGUUUGAGGAGGGGAGCACGGGGCCAGUCGCUUCGUGGAUUCGUUCGAAAGGAAACCGAAAGAAGAUCAUCAGGCGUUCGACUCCAGAAACCCUCGUUGCUUCCCCCGUCAUUUCUGGCUCGUUACCUCGCUCGGAAACGGGGCAACAAAGGGCGUGCGUCGAAGUCGAAGACCGACGAAGGUGCGCCGAGGAAAUCAUGGUCAAUCUCGUUCGGAUCAGAGACGAAGACGAGGAGGGGAAGCCUAGGUCACCUGCGUUGAUGAAGUGGGAGGGGCUAACGCCGCGGGAUUCGAUGGAUGACUGUGAGAAAGGAGGCCAGCGAGGGGGUUUAGAGACGCCGGCGAGUCGUCGGUGA